GUCCCAGCCAGCCUGAGCAGCCCCCUGGCAGCUGCCGCCCACAGCGAGCUGCCCUUCGCCACCGCCACCGACCCCUACGCACCCGCCUCCCUGCAUGGCCACCUGCACCAGGGAGGCCCUGAGCCCUGGCACCAUGCCCACCACCACCACCACCACCACCACCACCCCUACAUUGGGACACAGAGCACUGCCUACCCUCGCCCCGCUGCCAUGCACGAGGUCUACGGGCCCCACUUUGACCCCCGCUAUGGCUCCCUCCUGGUGCCCACUGCCUCCGUCCGCCCUCAUCGCCUCACACCUGCCUCCGUGUCCACUCCAGUCAGUCCACCCUGUGAACUGGGCAAGAGCGAAGCGGGUGCUGCUGCAGCCUGGACGACACCAGGCCCCUUCCCCAACGCAUCAGGGGACAUGGCACAGAGCAUCAGCCUCAAUGUUGACACAGGUUUGCAGACUCAGGAUAAAAGCAAGGAUCUGUACUGGUUUUAGAGCUGUCCUUCACUCUUCUUCCCCUGGCUAUCCCCUGUAGCUCUCUGCCUGUUAGACAUGGUGGCAUUCAGAGCUGAAAUCGGGUCAGUUUGUAACAACUUCUGAUCUUGGUUUGCAGCUCGUCGUUACUCCUUCUGUGGUGGAUCCCUUCUGAGCUGAUGUGCUGACUCAAAGACUCUCAGAUUCCCCCCUGCCCUUUUCCAAGCCCACCGUGGCCCCACAGUUCGGGUAAAGACAACGGGAUUUAAAAGGACCUGGUAUUGCAAGGGCAAUACUUUAGACUUAUUUUGGAAAGGAAAAUCCUUCUGAUGCAAGAGGAGAACCAAAGACAUUGAACUUCUAUUUAAGCAGACCCCUCACCGAGACCUGCAGUCAGACUACUCUAAAAGAGUCAAAUGACAUCAUGGAUGAUGAUGCAAAACCACUGGCUUUCAUACAAGGGGCUGAGAAAAUUGUGGGUUGUUUUUUUUUUUAGUGGUGUGAAUAUUUUUUAUGGCCGUGAAAGUUAUUUCUUGAAUGCAAACAUGGGAAAACUACUUAGCAGUUUUGAACUGGACUUUUACUUUCCUUUACAUAAAAGUAAAAGGAGAAGAAACUGGAACUCACGAACAUUUUCAGACUAUCAAGGAACUGGUCAGAUUUUUCAGCUUUGUGGUUGUGAGUGGCACGUGUCUGACUGGGGCCACCUGCCCUGGGCUUAUGGAUAUGCAGCUGUUCUGCUCACAACUGCUCAAAUCCCAGAAAGAUGAAAACCAAGGUGGCACUUCUUAGAGUUUGGCACAACAUUUACAAUGGAUAUAUAACAGCUGUUUGGUGGGGAGGGGAGGGGGUGCUGUGUUUGGGAUUUUUGUUUGUUUGUUUUGGUUUGGGCUUUUUUGUUGGGUUUUUUUGUUUGUUUUUUUGGUUUUUUUUUACAAUAAACAUUUUCUGGUGAAAGUAAAGCCCUCUUAAAGCAGGGGGAGAAUGCAAUCUGGAGAAGAAUGGCUCGUCUUCAACCCAGCAGUCUUUAAGGGGAACACCAGAGAGAAAAGCAUGUGAUGGACAACAGGUCUGAGUCGCCUCUAACACUUCUCUUUGUCUACUUGUUGAUGUCAUUUUGUCACUUUAGUAGUUGUUUUGUUUUGCCUUUUUUUUUUUUUUUUGAAAGGGGGAAUAAGAUAGCUAUUUAACAGUAGGAAAGCUAUAUUAAAGGUAUCUCCUUCUUUCACCCCGUGUAACUUUUAUGCAGAAUUAAGCUACAUAAAAGAAAUGAGGCAAACUGGAAAAUUCAGGAUGAAAAAAAAAAAAGGAUCUCUCACAUGGAUGAAGUGAGUUAUUAUUUUGUUUUAAAGAUAAAUAGAAAUCCUGGCAGUUGAAAAUAUUUUCUUAGUGAGUAAAAUAUACAGCAAUAAAUACAAAAUAUAAGAAAAUAUGAGACUAUAGCAGUGCUACAUUUUAGUGUGUAGUGUAUCUGUAAGAUCAGCCAAAAAAAGGGGGGCUACUCCGUAAUAGCAGAAUAUUUCCCCAUGAAGCUGCUAGAAAAGAGGACUGUAGCAUUUAGCGUUGCUAUUGCACAGGUAAAUUGAAAUAUUAUUAUCGAGUGACAAACAAUUAAUGAAACAUUGCAGAAAUAGCAAUUACCCUAUACUUAAAAGCUGACUUCUUAGCGGCAGAACAUCUGAUUGAAAUAC